AUCCCCCUUUAUAAAUUUCCCUCACCACGCUGCCCAUUCCUAACGAAACUCCCAAGGCUAUAGUAACAAUUUCCGUCCCUCAUUCUCUCUCUUCCGCUUUCGUUUCUAGCCUCAGAAUUCUAGGGUUUCGUUCUCAUUCCAAAGCGCCGAAACUUUGGUUUUGAUCUGUAUUUCGGAAGAAGAGGGGUUCCGGAGGAUUAUACACCUAUUGUUUACAAUCUUUUAAAUUAUUGAAAGACUGAAUGAACUAAUGGAGUCCAAAGGUGGUAAAAAGAAGUCUAGUAGUAGUAAGUCCUUAUUCUACGAAGCUCCCCUUGGUUACAGCAUUGAAGACAUCCGUCCUGCCGGUGGAAUCAAGAAGUUCAGAUCUGCUGCCUACUCCAACUGCGUGCGCAAACCAUCCUGACUCUACCGACAGGAGAUAACCCCUUAGGAUCUUAAUACAGCAAAAUACCUGUAGUUAGUUUUAUUUUCGUCUUCACUUGUUCCCUCGUCCUUGCUUGGAAGGUUUCUUUUUGUUUUGCCCUUGACACAAGAUGGCCUUGUCGGUUUCUGCCAUUGGAUUUGAAGGCUAUGAAAAGAGACUUGAAGUUUCAUUCACUGAGCCAGGCAUCUUUGCUGACCCCGAGGGCAAGGGCCUCCGAUCUUUGUCCAAAGCCCAAUUGGACGAGAUCCUAGAACCAGCUCAGUGCACUAUUGUUGCUUCACUAUCGAACAAUGAUGUUGAUUCUUAUGUCCUUUCUGAAUCUAGCCUUUUUGUGUACCCUUACAAAAUUAUCAUCAAAACUUGUGGGACAACAAAAUUGCUUCUCUCUAUCCCAGCCAUCCUUAAACUAGCUGAUGCCCUAUCCCUUGCUGUGAAAUCUGUGAGAUACACUCGUGGUAGCUUUAUAUUUCCUGGGGCUCAGGCAUUUCCACAUCGUAGCUUCUCAGAGGAAGUAGCUGUCCUUGAUGGUCAUUUUGGCAAACUCGGUUUAUCCAGCAAUGCAUAUGUGAUGGGUAGCCCUGACAAAUCUCAAAAAUGGCAUAUUUACUCGGCUUCUGCAGAGUUGGCUGGUCGGUCAAGUGCUGUUUACACUCUAGAGAUGUGCAUGACUGGUUUGGACAGAAAGAGGGCAGCAGUUUUCUAUAAAACUCAUGCAAGUUCAGCUGCUCUCAUGACUGAAGAUUCUGGUAUUAGGAAGAUACUUCCUCAAUCUGAGAUAUGCGACUUCGAGUUUGAUCCGUGUGGGUACUCCAUGAAUGCUAUCGAAGGUGCUGCAAUUUCUACAAUCCACGUUACACCAGAAGAUGGUUUCAGUUAUGCAAGCUUUGAAGCAGUCGGCUAUGAUUAUGAAGUUGUGAAUUUGACCCAGCUAAUUGAGAGGGCUUUGGCUUGCUUCCAACCUAUGGAGUUCUCUGUAGCUCUACAUGCUGACAAUGCCGAAAUAGAACUUGGACGCAAGAUCCACCUGGACUUAAAGGUAUAUCAUUGUGGAGAGAGGAGCUAUGAAGUGCUUGGGUUGGGAGGGUCUGUCAUUUACCAUAGCUUUACUAUGGCGGAAAGCAUUGGAUCUCCUAGAUCAAUCCUGAAAUGCUGCUGGAGCGAGGACGAGGAUAACGAAGUUGAAGAAGAUAAAUAGUUCUAUUUUUAAUUGUUUUAGCCGAAUAAAAGUUGGGGGUUUACCGUUUAUGUUGCCUUGACUAUGUUUCGAGUUUUCUAUAUUGUUCCUGCAGACAUAAUCUAUCAUUGGAUUGGCGAUGUAUGUCGAUUUCCAGAUGCUAAAACGUUGAACGAGCAUCUCAAUAAUAAGUUUGCUUGUUUUCAGUC